UAUCGAAGACGGACGAACGAACGAACGGACGACCGACCGGUAGGACAGAAAAGCCCGCUGGUUAUUUCUCCUCUAGAACGAAGGCGCACAGUACUAGUAGUAACUCGUAGGUACUUGUACUUUUAGAAUUAUUACUAUUGGUGAUUGGAGGCGAUAAGCGCGGUUCAAUCGACGGCGUCAACGACUAAGCAAAGGUGUUUUCGACGAGUGUGAUGUGGUGGUUAUUAAACGCAAUUUACAUAGCGCGUCGCGUCGUCAUCGUCGUUGGAGUUUAGUGCCACGGUUUAUGGAGGUGUUCCAGCCCGAGUGCGUUUUGAUUGGGGAUCUUAUCGGAACACCGGCAUUCGAUAAACAGUCGGAAAAAGGCCACCCGCAACCAUUUGAGAGAAACCGUUAAGGAAACUUCUGAUAGGGGUUUCAAAAGUGCCACCAAUAAUAGUCUGGUGAACUAGCAGCGUUUGGCCACCUGGAUUAAGGCUUUGCUGUUGUUGAGUGUUGUGGAAAUAAAGCGUUUUGGCAAAGAAUUACGCCUGAUUGAAUCGAACAGUGAUUCGGUUAGACCGUGUAUAAUGUGAAAUUGUUCCGAUUGUUGACGAAUCGACGAAUUGAAUUCGUUUGCCAUUCGAACGCGAGAUUGAUUCGAAGAUUGCAUCCCGCUGAUAUUACCCAUUGCACCUAUUAUUGGAAGCUUAUUGUGCCAAAGUCCAUUUGCAGUAAUGUGAUUGCUGCACGUGUGUGUGUAUAUAUUAAAUCAGUGAAUCAUGCAAGUGAUUAAUAAUAUUUAUUUUUGAUUGAAUAAUCUCACCGCAGGUUGUAUAGCUGAAAUGAGUUCCAUGUCUCAAUCAAACUUCAAGCGGUCCCAGAGUCGGGUGUGGUACGGAAAUGGCCCACCACAGGAUAAUCCAGCCUAUUCCAGCAGCGGUUUGUUCGGGAUUAGUGGAAGUGGAUACUAUUUCCAGGGUGCGAUUAGGGCACCACUAGGUGGGAGGCUGAAUCUGCCUAGCAGUUUUCCGGAACUGGAUGAAGAAGAUGAGCUCAGUCUGCAGCGAACGCCGGAGAAACAGGCGAAUGGAAAUGUGAGCAGCAGCAGCAGCAAUAAUAGCAGUACAAGAAGCGCUACUAAUCUUAAUUGGAAUGGACGUCAGGGAAGCCCCGCUAGUCAUAAGAGUCAGGACUCUGGAUUCUCUGACACCGAACUAUCGCCAAACAUGGCGUCUACGAGCCGAAAUCGAAACGAAAACCUUUCCACACCGGAUAAGUUAACGCCGAAACGAACGAUCAACGAACAGCUGUUCCAGCAACGAUCCCCGUCAAUCGGCAGUGAAGCCCCUACUCCACCAACAGUGAUCCGAAGACCUGCUCCACAAUCGGAACACUCUCGCCCCGAUGCUCCCAUCCGUAGGAUAUCGUACAGUAGUGAGCCCAGUUCACCUGCUCCAAGCGAAGAGGAUCUGAUGGCCAAAAUAGAUAGCAUCAAUUUUAACAACACAUCACCUUUAAUCGAUUCUAGUCAUACGAGUGCUGAAAAGCCAGCCAAAUCGAGCGAGGAGGAUGAAUCUCCGAGCUCUUCAACACCGUGCCAAUGUCCCACCCGAAGUAGUGGAAGCUCUCUCAAAAGAGGCAGAGUCAUUACGAAGUGUGUGCUUCGUGUAAAACGCGAUCUAAGCAAUCAGCUUCGUGAUUCCGACGAACAAAUGAUUUCAUUGGACAGCAGUGAACUUUCAAAUAUCCUUAACAAAACACUUUCGAAUGAAGAUAACCUAGCUGCCCUCAAAACCCCUAAAAGUAUACUUAAAUCCUCGGAGAGCUACAACAAUGAAACUGUGGUGUUCGGAUACGUUUCUCCGGAGCAUGCCACAUGGAAAGAUCGAGAUCCCGAUAGUAUACCUACGAGAGACAAGGAGUUACCAACUUACUCAGAACUGUACCCUAACGGAACUUCAACACCCAUAAUGUACCCACCCAAGUUCUACCGAUCGCUUCCACAAACUCCAACAAGAACCCAGCGAUCACCCAUGAAACUUCGACCGACCAAACUGAUCGACAACUUCUACGAGGAACCUCAGCAUGACGUUACCAAUCGAAUAUCCACCGGAGACGAUCUAAACUUCACCCAUUACGAAAAUCCUCUCCUCAACGGCCACACCCCAGCCGUCCAGUCCUGGCUCGAUGGACUUCGUUUUUCCUACCAAAGUGAAGUUAUGUCAAUCCUGCAGACCAAAUCUAUCAGCACCGAAGCUGGCCGAAAUCUCAAAAUGACCUCGGCAACCGCCGUCAAACUAAUCCGGCACCUCCAAACCAAAGUCAUGACCCUGCAGGGAGAAUUCGAACGGGUCGAAAAAAUAUUCUCCUCGAUCAAACGCUACCAGCAGCAGCUGGAGGAGGACGACGACGAAGACGAUGACGAGAAGGAAAUCUACCAGCAGGUGGCCCCCAUAGUCCUCAACUUGGCCAACAACAUCUACGACUUCGUGCAGAAGCAAAAAUCCAACGACUACUUCGGAAAGGAGAAAGCAGAUCUGAAAAAGUUCCGCGAAAACACUCAAUCCCUAGUGGAUAUGACUACAGAUCUUAGGAUAGCCUCUGCCAACGGCGAAGACUUUGACUACCGAUCCGUCGAAGAAGAAAUCCAAAUCAUCAAACGGUACUUCCUCAUAACAACGAGGCUAAUCUUUAAAAACCUGGUUAAAGUGAUUGUAGACGCGAUCGAGGACUCUCGGUGCGACCUAAUGCUUCGAUCCAACCUCUCCUACAUCGCUAACCUAUCAAACCUCGACUACCAGGGCCUAGCAUCCCUAAACGACGCCUUCAUCUCGAACGGAGCCGUUCGAGCACUGCUAAUCGUCUGUAUCGAGUCCAAGUUCUCCUCAAUACGAGCUCUCGCUUUGAGAGCCUUGGCAACGGUUUGUUCUACCACCGAAACGAUCCGGCAGCUGGAGAAAGCUGACGGAAUAGAGGUUCUUCGGGAUAUUCUCUCAGAUCGAAGGUCGGCCUCGGAACGAGCCGAGCCGGAACUGAGGGAGGCGGUGUCGGUUCUAACGCAGAUUACCGCUCCCUGGCAUGGCGAGGAUCACCGCAUCGAUGGGCUGAAGCAGCAUCUGCACGCCAUCGUAGAAGCCGUGACUGCACUCGUCGAUAGGACGACCUGUUGCCAGACACUGCUCCUCUGUUCGGCCUGUCUCAACAACAUGACCCGCCUGGAAUCAACCGCUCUCUAUUCGCUGAUGUCCCACGAAACGGCCAACAAGCUGCGAGUGGCCGUGGAACGACGUGGCCCCGGUGCUUCGAUAUUUUUAUAUGAACAAAUCACCGCGAUGCUGUUCAACAUGUCCUCGAACAAAAAGUGCCACCAUCACCUGGCCAGCAGCCGACCGCUGAUCCAUUUCCUGACCGGAACUUUCAACCAAAAGUUCUACACGAGACCUGGGGAGGAGCAGAGUCGGGUUGAGGCGGAAGCCCAGCGGAAAACCAUCCGGCACAUCCUGCAGGUGCUCAGCCGGCUUCUGGCUAGUGGAGCCAUCAGCGGCCAUGACGAGCUGCUCGAAUCGACGAUUGUCCCCAUCUUUGCCCGGGUAGGGCGCCAUCAGCAGCUGCUGGACGAUCGAAGUGAACAUUUCCGGGACCUGAGCUGCCUGCAGCGCCGUUUGAACGAGAGCCGAGGUCAAGCGGGAUCAGCACCUUCUUCUGGUUCCGCUUCCACUUUCCAGGAAUCGGAUCAGAUUGUUACGGUUGUCCAUGGACCCACACCAGCUCCAGCGGUUCGAAAUCCCUACGUAACGAGAUUAACCAUCGAGCAUCGACCAAAUGGCGGGGGCAUCAUUAUGUUGGACAAGAACCGGCAGGAGAGUUACGUUUGAAUAAGUGGCGGAGAGUUUUGUGUGGCUAAGCCAAGGGUCUCUGCGGAAAAAAAGGACCAACUUUGAAGGUGCUUUCCACGGAAUUUGUGGUUGGUUGAAUUUCUUUGGAGCCGGACGCUUUUUUCCUCCUUUCAUUUCCCACAUUGGAAAAGUUUCAGCGUCAGCAUCAAUCUUCAAGAAACGAAUAGAUACUGUAUACAAGAUUUUUUUUUAUUCCCAACCUAAUCAAGGUACUGUUAUGCGCUCUUGAAUGGAUAAGAUGAACUGAAUUUGAAAAUAAAAGUAAAAUAACAGCUCAGAAGGGUUAUUGAUAGGAGCUUAAUUUUACUGCUACUGGCUGAUCUUUAGGAUUUCUUGGAAUAAGAAUUCUCUCGAUACCUCGAACAGAAGUAUGAGUUUUUGAUCCAAAAAAUCGUUGGCUGGUUGAUGCUUGACUAUGAUAAUUUCUUAUUUUAUUUCCAUUAUCAAUAGGAUUGUUCAGAUCCUAGAUUUCUUAAGUGAAAUGAAUUCCUGUUGACAAUUAAUGUUUCAUUUGCAAACAAACAACUGUCAACAUAAAACUGAUUUUUGUAGCCAUGUCUUUCGAAGCAUCAUUCGAAUCGAUACAAUUCAGAUAGAAAGGAAUCAAAAUUUGUAUUUUUAAUUAAAUCAACCCUCAAGCUGACGACAAGUAAUCUUUUCUGUCAACAAAAACCGAAGAAAUCUUCCCGAUGAGUGUCAAAAGGAUAUCGCUACUGUUUUUACCAGAGGAUGUUUCCAGGGAGGAUUUCGGUAGCCUAAGUCCGGAGCGGUAUCCAGAAUCAAUCAAGAGCAAAAACCCAAUUGAAACAAGUGGUGUUGAAGUUAUUCAUAAGGCGAAUAAUUGUGCCAUAUUUAAUGAAUAUAUAACGUGGUUAGGAAAAAACAGUAAGACAAAAAGAGCACUUACAAAGAAUAAAAGGAACAAAGGUUUGUCUAGGACAAAUGCAAAAUUCAAUCCAACUUAAAUUAGACAACUUCAUCAUGUACAUUCAUAAUUUUCUGUUAACUUCUCUGACUAAUAAAAGAUCAGAUUUACUCAAAAAAAAAAUAAAGACAGGCUUAAAUUUAAGGGCAGAUCAGAACAGAAACUAAGAAGUGUUUUUUGAGAAUAUUGUGUCAUAAAAUAAUUAGAAAUAUUAUCAAUCGAUGAUCGGUUUUGAAAGAAAACGCAAGAUUGUACCUUUUGUUUUUCGACCUGAAUUCAGAGUUUUAUAACCUAAUAUAUACCCAACGAUGGAUUGUAAUUUAUUUUAUAUCUGUUUUAAGUUUUCAUUGUGAAAAUAAAAAAAAACGUCAUUUUAAAAAUCA